AUGUCCGAGAAGCAGAUCAUUAAGAAUCUGAUAGUUGUUAGUUUUGGAUUCCUGUGUCUUUUCACCGCUUUUCAGUCCAUGUCCAACUUACAGAGUAGUUUAAACAAGGAGGAAGGAAUAGGAACUUGGAGUUUAGCUACAAUUUAUGCCGCCUUGGUUGUCUCGUGUAUGUUUGUACCGCCGAUCCUGAUUGCUCAUCUGGGAUGUAAAUGGACUAUACCGCUAUCUAUGGGUGGCUAUCUGCUGUACAUGGCAGCCAAUUUCCAUGCCAUAUGGGGUACCAUGAUCCCGGCUGCUAUAAUAUUAGGACUUGGUGCAGCACCACUGUGGUCAGCUAAAUGUGCUUAUUUAACAGAAAUUGGAGUAUGGUAUGCUAGAGCUACGGGAAACACAGAUGAUGCUAUUAUCAACCGAUUCUUUGGUAUUUUCUUCUGUUUGUUUCAAACAAGUCAGAUUUGGGGAAAUCUUAUAUCAUCCACAAUAUUCGCACCAGAAGCUGCAAAUGGUUCUGAAUUAAUUGUGUUUACAGAUUUAGAUAAGUGUGGGGCUAAUUUUGAACCUUAUGCUCCUUCAAAUAAUACGAAUCUCAAGAAACCAGAACAAUCAAAGGUCUACACAUUAUGCGGGGUCUAUGUUGGCUUUGCUGCAUUAGCAGUUAUCAUUAUUGUGUUUCUACUGGAUAAAAUCAAUCUAGAAAAAGAUGAAAAACGACAAGGGAAACCGUCAGCCAUGCUGUUAGUUGCCACAUUCAAACAUCUCUUAUCUUCAAAAGCACAGAUGCUAUUAAUACCUUUAACAGUUUAUUCUGGUGUGGAACAGGCGUUCUUCGCUGGAGAUUUUACUAAGUCGUAUAUAACAUGUUCUAUAGGGAUAUGGAAUGUAGGCUAUGUUAUGAUCUGCUAUGGCGUGGUAGAUGCCAUAUGUUCUUUCGCAUUUGGACAGUUGGUGCAAUUUAUUGGUCAUAUACCAUUCUUUAUCUUGGCGUUUUUGGUGCAUGGUGGGGUUCAGAUAACCUUGUUAUUCUGGAUACCAGAUCCUGAUAGACUUAUCAUAUUUUAUGUACUAGCAGCUUUAUGGGGAAUGGGGGAUGCUGUUAUACAAACACAGAUUAAUGCCUUCUAUGGAAAUCUUUUCAAAGGACAUGCAGAGGCUGCUUUCGCGAAUUACAGACUGUGGGAAUCUGCAGGUUUUAUUUUUGCCUUUGCCUACAACAAUUACCUUAGGACUGACAUUAAAAUUUAUGUUUGUAUGGCGUUUCUGAUUGUGGGAAUGGUCGGAUAUGGCACAGUGGAAAUUAUGGAAAGAUCAAAAUCUAGCAGAUCAGUAGAAAUUACCAAAUCAUAA